GAGGCGGGACGCUCGCUGGCUUGCGCGGGGCGGCUGCCUGAGGGGAGAAAGGACCGUCGCUGAGGCGGCGGCAGCCGUCGUUCUCGCCUCGGCCAUGAGCGUCGCCGCGCUGGUGUCUCCCGCGCUGCCGACGGGCCCCCCGCCGCCCGCCCCCACGGCGCUGCCCCCUGGGACCGGCCCCGCCGCCGCCAUCGCCGCCGCGGCUGCAGCCGCCGCCGCCGCCGAGAGCUUCGAGGAGGAGGAGGAGCUGGACAGCCCCGCCGACGAGGAGGAUGGCGAGCGCAGCGGCCGCGCGCGGGACUCCGACGAGGAUACUGAAGAUGCGAGCGAAACUGACCUGGCGAAGCAUGAGGAGGAGGAUUAUGUAGAAAUGAAGGAACAGAUGUAUCAGGAUAAAUUGGCAUCUCUUAAGAGGCAGCUCCAGCAACUGCAAGAAGGUACUUUACAAGAAUAUCAGAAAAGAAUGAAAAAGCUGGACCAGCAAUACAAGGAGAGGAUACGCAAUGCAGAGCUUUUUCUUCAGUUGGAAACAGAGCAGGUAGAAAGGAACUACAUCAAGGAGAAGAAAGCGGCGGUGAAGGAAUUUGAAGAUAAAAAGAUUGAGCUGAAGGAAAACUUGAUAGCUGAAUUGGAAGAGAAGAAAAAGAUGAUAGAGAGUGAGAAGCUAACCAUGGAGCUAACAGGUGAUUCCAUGGAAGUGAAGCCUAUCAUGACAAGGAAAUUGAGGCGGCGGCCGAACGAUCCUGUUCCCAUCCCUGAUAAAAGGAGGAAGCCAGCCCCAGCUCAGCUCAAUUAUCUACUAACGGAUGAACAGAUAAUGGAGGAUCUGAGGACACUCAAUAAGGAGGCAAUCUCUUUGGAUAUUCCAUCAAAGAUGUCCUCAUCCAAACCAAAUAUAUGGGGGAAAAGUGCUUCCUAUUGCUCCCAAGAAAGGAGAGCACAAAACCAGCUGCUUAAAUCACCUAAAAGACCAGCAUCUCCUUCGUCACCAGAACAUCUGCCGGCGACGCCCGCCGAAUCCCCGGCCCAGCGGUUUGAGGCAAGGAUAGAAGAUGGCAAACUUUACUACGAUAAACGAUGGUAUCACAAGAGCCAGGCUAUUUACCUGGAGUCGAAAGAGAACACCAAAAUCAGCUGCGUCAUCAGCUCAGUGGGCGCGAACGAGAUCUGGGUGAGGAAAACCAGCGACAGCACGAAAAUGAGGAUCUACCUUGGGCAGCUCCAGCGAGGGGCUUUCGUGAUCCGCCGGCGGUCGGCCGCAUGACUCUCUGUGCCGGCGGCUCUCUGAUGUGUUAUAGACAGUCGGCCCUUCCAGAGACUUGCAGCUGCGCUUUCCGGGUUUUCCCGGCAGAAGACGUUUGUUCUCGUCGCCCCCUUCGGAAGCAGCCUGCCUGCUGCCCGCAUCAUUCCAGCUGUCCUCGUCUCUCACGUGAGCCCAAGCAACGCCUCAGGGCUCGGGCUUUAGUUUAGCUUUCAUGUUUCUCCAAAGACCGUUUAAGGCGAAUGCAGGCCAGUGUUCUCGGCCUUUCCAUUCUUGUGUCGUGAAGAGAGCCUGCGCGGGGUCUUCACUUUUGCGUUUGAGCAGCACCAGCACGGACGCUUCGAGGAGACUUCACGGCAGGCCGCAAAGCUGAGAGGCGCUGAAGGGGCGGGAGGCAGAGCGGACGGUCGUGGCUGUUUCCACAGCCAGCGUGGGACAACGCGGACCCAAGGAGGGCUACAGGGGGGCUGUUAGGAGUUCUUGCGAGGCCCUGCCGCCUCCUGAAAUUCCCAGCUGAUUUAUAUAAAAGGUGUGGUUAAGGGAUCUCGCUCGGUUACUCCAAAGUGACGUGGAGCCCUUGGCAGGGGGAGGGGGGUUGGUAUAGCCAUUGGCAAAUCCCAGUAACGGACCAGACGGGGGCAUUUUUCAUUGUCUUGGAAUGCCGUUUCCCAACGCAGGGUGGAUCGGAGGAACGGCCGGACUCGGGGUGGGUGGGUUGGGGGUAUUGACGCCGCCGGAUGUGUGCCGCGAGGCCCGCUCCUUGCCGCUGCAGCCGUGCCAUUUCAUCUUUCCGGGACAAUGGGCAGCAGUCCGGCCAGGCAAGGCUUCCGGCCAGGCGAAGUAUUCCUUGCGCGGCUUCGACUUUGUGCCUGUGAACCUAGUAUCCCGCCCCCCCCCCCCUAAAAAUGUAAUCCCGAGCGAGAGUCGUCCUUGGAGCCAGAUGGAAUGUGCAGCGCCGACAUUCCGGGAGUGGUGUGCUGUUCGUCUGACCGGACGGUAGCGGUGAAGUUGCUUCCAAAAUAUUUUUUAUCUCUCCAA